AUGGUUACUGGCAAGUCGCAGCCCGGCGUCGAUCCGCUGCAUCGGUUCCCGCCCACCGCCGCGCCCCAUGAAGCUAUCGCCACCUCGCCCCCCUCCAAACGCGAUCUGGCAUCCUGGUGGAGGCAGUUCAAGAGAAAUACAAGGAAGGAGGAGCCGAAAGACAAACCGCAGGGCAUUUUCGGCAUCCCCCUCAACGUCAGCAUCAAGUAUGCCAACGUCGCCAUCUCCCUGACGAACGAUAACGGAGAGAGCUUCAUCUACGGAUACGUGCCCAUCGUGGUGGCCAAGUGCGGAGUGUUUCUGAAGGAGAAAGCGACCGACGUCGAGGGCAUCUUUCGCCUGAGCGGAUCCGCCAAGCGCAUCAAGGACCUCCAAGAGGGCCUGGACUGGACCGGAUAUACCGUGCACGAUGCUGCGAAUGUCCUGCGCCGCUACUUGAACCAACUGCCAGAACCGAUCGUCCCGCUGGACUUUUAUGAGCGAUUCCGCGAGCCGCUGCGCACCUACCAGAAGCAGAUCCAGGAGCAGAUUCAAAACAACGCCCCUCCGGCGGAAACCGAGGCCUUCGACCAUGCCAAAGCGGUGGCUGCCUACCAGCAGCUGAUCCGCGAGCUGCCCCCGUUGAACAAACAACUGCUGCUGUACAUCCUCGACCUGCUGGCAGUCUUCGCCUCCAAGUCGGACCAGAACCGCAUGACCUCGGCCAACUUGUCGGCCAUCUUCCAGCCCGGGCUGCUGUCGCAUCCGCAGCACGACAUGGCGCCGGACGAGUACAAGCUGAGCCAAGAUGUGCUGAUCUUCCUGAUCGAGAACCAGGACCACUUCCUGUUCGGCAUGAACGGCACGGCGGCCGACGAGCAGACCGUGAAGGAGGUGGAGGGCGGUCUUGCCCGCCGGCCCACCACCCACUCCAACAUUCGCCGCUCGGUGUCGAGCGCCAGUGGCGGUGCGGACAGCUUUCGGAAGUAUGAGAGCCUUCGUCGGAAUGUGUCGGUGUCGUCGAAGAAUUCGCGCAACUCCAACAACGCUAGUCCGGCAACGCCGACGUCGUUGGGCGCGGUGGGCGUUCAUCGCAGCAACACCUUGCCGUCGAAGAUGUCCCCUGCCAUGCCGCCGUCUCGGUACGGUCGGGUGAUUGAAUCUACGGGGGUCAACUCGUCGACGCGCACUUCUGCGCAGCACUCCCGGGCGUCGAGCCGCGCGCCCGAGGAAAAACAGGUUCCGUCGGUGCCGGAAGUGCCUGUGGUGCUUCAGGCAGCAGCAGAGACAGCACCUCAGGCGGUUCCUCAGGCAACACUCCCGGCUCCCCAAGCAGCUACUCAGGCAGCUCCUCCGGCGGCACCCCAGGCACCCUCUACAGUGCCUCAGGCACCACAGGUCCAACCAAACAGUCCUUCCCCCGCCGUUCCCAGUAUCGCUCCGAACAGUCCCCCUAGCAGUGGCCAGUCCCUCACAGAGGUGGUAGAGCCCGGCACGGGGAUAGUCUACGUUCAUUCCAGCACCCAUGGGCCAGUGCCCAAGGCAACCCUGAAUGGGGCCGACAAGCCUGUGCAGGUGCCUGUCGCACAGCCUGCACAGCUUCCCGUACAGCCCAUUACCGAAGCCCCUGAAAAGUCUGUUGAUAGGCCUAUACCUGAGCCGGCCGUUGCGGAAACAGCUAUCAGCGAGAAGCUCAGUGAGAAGCUCGAGAAACUUGAGAAGUCCGACAGACCCGUAAGGCACGGCGACAAGCCCGUUUUCCGCGAGGGCCUGCCACCUAUUACAGCCUCGCCGCCGCCGGCCAUGGUGACGCCGACGAGGGAACGCAAGCUCUCCAGCCUGUUCUCGAAGUCGCCGCCGCCAAGCGGGGAACAUAAGGAGGCGCGCCAGCCCAACCGUUUGAAGAAGAAGCGGAUCCCCGGCAGCGCGAACGAAAGUGCGCAAAGCUCGUCGCACUCGUUGCAGGCGGCGACCUCCGAUGCCGGAUUAGCCGCGAUCCUGCAUGCCUCCCGCCCCCCUGAGACUACCCCUGAUGCUGGCGCCACCCCCCGGCCUCCCAACGCGGUCAGCUCAGACGACCUGAGUCCGCCGCGGGAGGGCCGGCCCGAAAAGCAGGCGAACGAGAGCGCACAGCACAUGGGCGACACGUCGCUGCGGCCGUACGGGUCGCGGACGCCGUCGAUGAACUCCCGCUCCUCGUUCACGGAUUACUCGGAUGUGGACCCUACGGACGACGCGGCGCGGGCGGAGCGCAAGGAACAUCGGCGCAGCUGGCGGUUCCCGCGGUCGUCGAAACGCAGCGGCGAUCAGAUCGGGCUGGGGCUGGCGUCGCCGCCGCUCAUGGCCACGAUGCCUGGAGCGGAGCGGAGCACCAGCUCGAUCGGCAGCUGGCACCACUCCAGCCGGAGCUCCCCGUCGGACCUGCAACAGUUCGCGAACGACCCGUCGUAUCAGCCUCUGAGCCUGGACGCGGAGGUCAGCAACAGCACGUCCAAGGAAGCGUCGCUAGCGUCGGAGCCGGAGAAGCGCAGCCUGUUUGGCAAGUUCAAGGCCAAGGUGGCGCAGGUGCGGGACGGGGUAUCCGAACGAGACCGGACGCGGAGUCCUGUGCAUUCGGAUGGCGAGCGGUCUGUGUCGAGCCAUGCGCUGUCGCCUUCGGGCAAGGACAGCCUGCGGAACCGGCCUGCGCCGAUCGACGUGGUCAGCCAUCCGCGGGAGGGGGCGCUGAGCUCGCCGGUGUCGCCGCUGCCGGGCUCGGGGAUGCCGCCGGCGAUCCCUGAGGAGCCGCGGACGCCGGAGAGCCCUGUGGCGACGCUGCGUAUGGAGCCGAAGCGAGAGCUCGAGACGGUGGCCGUGGCCGAGGACGUCGAGUCGGGGCCGGGGCCAACGGUGCCGUCGUAG